AUGGAUAAUACGUACAGAUCAAACUUAAAACGAAUUAGAGAUCUCUUACUAUCCGAUACAAUUGAAGAUGAUCACGUUGCUAGUGAAAAUUCUGAUUCAGAUAAUGAUUCUGAUUUUGUGCCUGUUGAAUCAGAUGAUACAUCUACAAAUGAACAUAUAUCAGAAGAAUCUGAUAAAUCAAAUUCGGAUGAUGAUGAUCAAUGUGAUGUUUACACAGAUGAUCAACCAGAAACAUUAGAAAAAGCAGGUAUUAUAUGGUCAAUUCAUGCUAACCCGGCACAAGGUCGAAUACCCGCUGUCAAUAUUAUUUAA